GCUGCGCCCAUUGGACGAAGGAAAUGUCAAUUCCUGCUUGGGGGAGGAGUGUACGGUGGUUGUGAAGGGACUUCUGCGUCGACUAUGUUGUUAUUAAGCGCUGUGCGCCGCGUUCGAGGGCUGCUGGGGCCUGUGAAGGAAUGCGUCUAUCUGUUCAGGCAGCUCCAGGAUUGCAUUGACUCAGGGCCCUGGCUCCUUCCCAGACCCCAUCAUACAUGUGUGGUCAAUGUGGGUAGACUCCCUGCAAUAUUGACAGAUUGUGAAAAACGUCAUAUACACGCCUGUGGAAAUGAUUCUCAAAAUGCUGCCUCCCUAAAUGGCAAGGAAUCUAACUCUGAAGAGGCAGGGAGGUCUUCAAAGGAUGAAGAAUCUCUUUUUGCCAACCCCCCAACGCUGCUCCCUCCCACUAACUGUUGCAUGAGUGGAUGCCCCAACUGUGUGUGGAUUGCAUAUACAGAAGAGCUGCUGAAGUAUUACCAGGAUGGUGGAGAACAGGCACUAGCCGCUGUGGAGAAACAUAUAGAGGAUGAGAACAUAAAGAUGAUUUUAAAAAUGGAAAUAAAAUUCCGCAUGAAGAAAGACUGAAAUUUUUUAGUUGGUAAAGCUACCUGUGUCACUUAAGGUCUCAAAACAUAGCAAAUUCUGAAGAAAUCCUAGUUAUUUAUAGUCCUUUCUGGAUAAGAUCACUGAAGUCUUGUUCUAUUAUGCAGUCGUAGGUUCUCGCGCCCAUUGGUGUGAUACAAUAUUCUUGUUAAAUUGUUGUGUCAUUCUUGCACUGCAUUACUUGAUGGCACUAUUAACUGUAUUCUGGCACUCGUGUACAUUUCUCUUGAGGUAAAGCUAUAUCAGCCCUGAUGUCAGAUUGUCCAGCCAAGGCCAGAAAAUGUUUCUCUGUAUUGCAUAAAGCUUUGCGGCACUGAAUAACUCUUAAACGAUCAAGUAGACCACUUUUCAUACACUA